AUGCUGAGGCAGCCUGAAGGUGUCUCCAGCGAGGAGUCAGUUGCGGAAGGGGAGGAGAGAAUGAAGCCGUCGCCGCUGUACAACCUGUAUCUGCAGGAGCUGAUAGAGGAUGAUAGCACCUUGCUCCCCGUGGGGAUGGAUGUGGACGACGAGAUCUUCAGCGAGCUCGACCGCCAGCCCGUCGACGCUGACUUCUUCAACUCCUUCGAGGACGACUUCGAUGAUUCUGACUUCUGGUAG